UUAAAUAGUGACUACGUUCGCUUUGUAACCUAAGUAACUGGUAAUUUAUAUAAUUCAAGAGCAUUUGUUGAUUAAAUAAUACGAGGUUGAGGGAUGAUACUUGUGAAUAAAUCAACGCUACGAGUAAUGUUUCAAAGGGCGCAACAUAAUUAUAAAAAGUAAAAUCAGGCUCGUUAAUCAUGUUGGAGUAAAUGGCGUGAUAUUAGUAGCAAGUUAUUAUUUUGUCGAAAAAAUUCAGCAUGCAAGUCGUUGACUCAUGAGAUUUCGAGUUGGAGCAUCGGAUCGAUCGAUUGGUAUCCGCAGAUAAGUUUGGCGCGAAAUCUGCCAUGUAUCGGUCAAUCCAACAACGCGGUUUCCUGCCGGUUCUUCAGGCUUUCGGCCAGUCUCCUUUGUCCAUAUGGGGAUCCAAGGUGGAGAGCGGAUGCAUAAGACGCGUGACGGACGAGCAGGUGCGAGCACUGGCCCUCGAAAUCGCGGGCACCAACGUCUCGACGACCUACGUCUAUUGCCCGAAGAAUCCUCGGGCUUCUCUGGGAAUUUACAUGCCCUAUCUCGUCAUGGUUAUCAAAGGUCUCAAGAGGUACUUUACCUUCGAAGUGACGGUGCUCGACGAUCGCAACGUGCACCGUCGAUUUCGCAUAAGCAACUUUCAACGGAGUCGGCGCGUCGACCACUUUUGCACAUCGAUGCCGCUCAGCAUGCAGCCCGGUUGGAACGAGAUAAGCUUCGACCUCGCCAGUUUUGUCCGCAAAGCCUACAAGACCAACUACGUCGAAACGACGAGAAUCAAGAUCAACGCCAACUGCCGAAUUCGUGUCAUUUAUUUUUGUGACAAGGUCUACGAUGAAAAGGACAUUCCGCAAAAGUACAAAAUCUUCAUGCCACUGGACCACGUCGUUCGAAAAAAAGGCAUCGAGGCCAAGAGGAGCGAAGCCGCUCUUAAAGCCGAAUCUCGACUAUUUUUCGAGGACGAAGAAGAGGAAGAAAUGAUGUACGUCGAAGUUGGAUCCAUGCCCGAAGAUUCGACGAGCAAGCACAAAGACCAGAUCGCCACUGACGGCCAAGCGGCCCAAGCUUCUUCUCGCGUCUUUGCCGACGACGACAACUUCGAGAACGAAGACGACGACGAUCGCGUUACCGUCUGGACCGAAGCUAAAGACGAUUUGAAAUCGGCGGUCGAUGGAUCGGUCAACGAAAAGACCCAAGAUGCGCUUUCUCAAAAUCAAGAAGCCAAAGCGGAACCAGCAGCUGAACAAUAAGCCCUUUUAUCUACAACUUUUCUGUACAUUUAACAAUAGGAAAUCAUACUUUUAUAUCAAACUAACUCUACUUUUAUUAUAACAAAUUAUAUAUC